UACAGGAGCUAUGGUAGCCCUGAUAAGAGUUCAAAAAACGCGCUUAUCGUACACAUUGUCGGACAUCAAGCGAGAAAGUUAGUGUAGUAAAUAAAUUAAUCUACAAAAAUGUCGGAUAUACGCACUCUGGGCAAGCGGUUGGGACAACGUGUUGGCAGAGAGGCGAUCGUUCUGGGCAGAAUCACAGAGAAAAGUGCAAAUGGCAUAAACAUAGAAUUGACAACAACGGAUAACGCUCUAGUUAAUGUGACACUACCUGAACCACUUGAUCACAAUGCCUCAGGAUAUAUGGAAGUACGUGGUACAGUGAAAUCAAAGUCUACUUUAUCAUGCAAGAGCUUUGUAUGCUUCCCUCCUGACAUAACAAAAACUUUUGAUGAAAAUGGAUACAAUACCAUGAUGCAUACACGCCAUGCGAUAGGUGAUCAGUUGGAUGGAAUAUUCUAUGGAGAAUAAAACUGACAUGUUUAAGAUAUGUGAAAAGUUACUGUAUUCAUUUGUAUACAUUUUUACAUUCCGUUAAACAUACUAGUAUAUAUGCUUUCUGCAGUGAAUAAGAAAUAAUGCCGUCAUGUGGAGAAAAUCAUCAGAAUACAAUUCCUUUCUCUGUACAUAAAGUAUAAGUACACCUGAUAAAUAUACAAAUUAUCCUAAA